AUGGCCUCCAAAGACAUGGAUCAGUUUCAGGUUGUUGGUCCAGAUGAUCCUCUUGUUGUUGGAGCUGGUGAAGAUGUGAUUCUGCCCUGUUCUCUCAAACCCAACAUCAGUGCUGUGGACAUGAGAGUGGAGUGGUUUAGACUCCAUACAUCAGACUCACUGGUGCAUUUAUAUGACAGUGGAGAUGAAAGUAAGGAUCAGAUUCAGUCUUACAGAGGGAGGACAUCCCUGUUUAAAGAGGAACUGCAGAAAGGCAACGCUUCAUUAAAACUCUCCAGAGUGAAGACCACUGAUGAAGGGGAAUACAGAUGUGUUGUCCGGUCUGAAAACUGGUUUGAUGAUGUUUUAUUCAGUGUCAGUGUUGCAGCUGUGGGGACCUACCCAGUGAUCUCUAUGGAGAGCUACAGUAUUGGUAAAGGACUCAGUCUACUGUGUGAGAUUAAAGGCUGGAACCCUGAACCUGAAGUUGUGUGGUUGGACAAUGAUGGAAACCUUCUCCCUGAUGAAGAUACAGAGACACUCAGAGACACAGAAAGUUUCCAUAUUAAAAAACAUGUCACUGUACAGGACAGUAACACCAACAGGUUCUUCUGCAGAGCAAUACUGAGAGAUCACAUGAAGGAGGCAGAGAUUGUCAUAUCAACUGAUGUGAUUCUGGAUCCUGAUACAGCUCAUCCAAACCUCAUCCUGUCUGAUGAUGGGAAAGAAGUGACACAUGGAGACACACCACAGGAUCUCCCUGACAACCCAAAGAGGAUUACCAACUGGUAUAGAAUGAAGGCUGUUUGUGUGUUUCUUCAUUUCACCUUUUUGUCCAGAUCAGAUCGCUUACAGGUUGUUGGUCCAGAUGGUCCUCUUGUUGUUGGAGCUGGUGAAGAUGUGAUUCUGCCCUGUUCUCUCAAACCCAACAUCAGUGCUGUGGAUAUGACAGUGCAGUGGUUUAGAGUCUAUACAUCAGACUCACUGGUGCAUUUAUAUGACAGUGGAGCUGAGAGAAAGGAUCUGAUUCAGUCUUACAGAGGAAGGACAUCACUAUUUAAAGAGGAACUACAGAAAGGCAACACUUCAUUAAAACUCUCCAGAGUGAAAGUCUCUGAUGAGGGAGAAUACAGAUGUGUUGUCCAGUCUGAAAAUUGGAUUGAUGAUAUUUCCUUCAGUGUCAGUGUUGCAGCUGUGGGGACCUACCCAGUGAUCUCUAUGGAGAGCUACAGUAUUGGUAAAGGACUCAGUCUAUUGUGUGAGAUUAAAGGCUGGAACCCUGAACCUGAAGUUGUGUGGUUGGACAAUGAUGGAAACCCUCUCCCUGAUGAAGAUACAGAGACACUCAGUGACCCAGAAAGAUUCCAUGUUAAAAAACGUGUCACUGUACAGGACAGUAACACCAACAGGUUCUACUGCAGAGCAAUACUGAGAGAUCACAUGAAGGAGGCAGAGAUUGUCAUAUCAAGGAGAUUUUACUAUGAGGUGCAGGUCAGGGGGAAGAGUAAAUGGGAUUUAGGAGUGGCCACAGAGUCCAUCAACAGAAAGGAAAAUAUUAAACUGUCACCUAAGAAUGGAUUCUGGACUGUGUGGCUGAGGAAUGGGAAUGAGAUCAAUCAGUUUGUGUUUCUUCAAGGCUGGGACUCUCUGUUGAGGCUCCAGAACAUUUCUCUUUACACAGUGGGCAGUAGUGGUGUGAACUGGUCUCCCAAUGUGUUCUGA